AUGCAGAAAGAGAAUCAAGAGAACAGCUUUAUGUGCGAGCAGUGCUACAGAAAGUUCGAUACCUGGCGAGGGCUGAGAGUGCACCAGGGAAAAGUCUGUUUAAAGAAGAGAAGACAGUGCAGAUCGUCAGAUUGUAAGACGCGAAGCAAAUCAUCCCAGGAUGAAAACCACAGCGGAGCGAUUAGUGCUUCAGUCGACUCUCCUUUCACCCUGUCCCAGCAAGAGAUGGAACAGCAAACGGAACCAGGGUUACGGAAACCCAGAAUACUGUGGCCUGCUGCUAACGAGAAGGCAAAAUACAAGACGUUAGAAGAAGAAGUCCAGAAGAAAUUGAAAGAAGUCAAAAAGAGUUCUAACAGAGGGGAUGCUAAAGAAAUAUUGAGUGCGUUUGCGACCAUUAUCUAUGACUCGGCAAUAAAAGAGUUUGGUAUUUGUGAAGGAAAGAAAAAGACGGAGAAGAAAAGUGGAUUGAGUAGAAGGCAGAGAGUACUUGCACAGCUAAGAAAACAGAAACGAGACUUGCAAAAGCAGAAAAAGUACGCACCACCAGAAGAGAUAGAAGGCCUAAGAAUCUUGUUUGAAGAUCUUAAGAAAAAGAGCAGAGACCUACAGAGGCACGAAAGAAGGUGUACCAGGAGAAAAGAGAGAAAAAGGGAACGUGAACAAUUUCUGAAGAAUCCUUAUGAAGCAGCAAAAAAACUGUUCACAGAGGCACGGAGUGGUAAAUUGGAAUGUACGAAAGAGGAACUCGAUGCUUAUGUUAAGCAGACGUACAGCGAUUCAAGAAGAGAAGAACCGCUUCCUUAUAUGAGAGGCCUGAAGCGUCCAGCUGCCCCCGUCGUCAAAUAUUACCUGGGACCAAUUAGAGAGAAAGAAGUAGAUGAGUUCGUAAAAAAGCAAGAGCAAAAAGUGCACCUGGAGGAGAUGGCGUGUCUUAUAAGGUGUUCAAGUAUUGCGACACGCUGA